AUUUUGUUUUGAAUAAUGAAACUUUAUUUCGGAUUUCUUUUUAUUGUGCUUGCAAUAUUUGCGAGCAUUGGUCUUGUGAGCGCUGGAGGUGAUAUCGUGGAUAUCUCUCCAAUGUGCGGAGUCAAUCGUGAGCUCUGUGAUAUUGUUGUCUGCCCUGAAGGGUUCACCAAGAAAAAUUUGAAGAAACAUCAAUGUUGCUGUGAUCCAGAUGUAUAAUGUUAAUUUAAAUUAUCUUAAAUAAAAUUGGAAUUUUUUGUGACAAAUAAAUGAAAAAAAAUAUUUUAAUGGUUA